CAGGCCAUAAACCCUAAUCCUUUGUGGGCUUUCUCCUUCGAUCACUCUGCAUCGACAUGGCUUCCCGCAGGCUCUUCUCCUCUCUGCUCCGAUCAACCCUCCUUCGUUCUCCGCAGGAAUUUCAUCCUCCCACCACUUCUCGCCCAUUCUCUUCUUCUCCUUUUUCUCCCAUCGCUAUUAGGGGAUUAUCUCGGUCUGAGGCAUUAACAAGUUUCGAGUCCAAUAAUGGUUUUGUGUCUGAACUCCGGAAUUCUGGACUGGCUUCGUUUCAGCAGACUGCUAUGUUUGGACCUUCUUUUUCCAGCAGGUUUAUGUCAACAGCGACAGAUUCUAUUGGUUUUUCUGAAGAUAUUCCCAAUCCUGUGCCAGAUGUGCCUCCUCGCAUCAAAUUUAAGAGAUUAGAUAAAACUGGCAGGCACAUUAUGCAGAUUUUAAACAAGGAGGCAGUAGAGGAGGUGAGAGCGCAGAGAGAGAUCCCUGACAUAAAGCCUGGUUAUAUUGUGGAGCUCAAAGUGGAAGUACCUGAGAACAAGAGGCGUGUUUCUAUCAUUAAAGGCAUUGUUAUUGCAAGGCGUAAUGCUGGUCUUAACACUACAUUUAGAAUUAGAAGGCUGGUGGCUGGUGUUGGGAUCGAAUCUCUAUUCCCGCUGUAUUCACCAAAUAUAAAGGAGAUAAAAGUGCUAGACAAGAAGAGAGUCAGGAGGGCCAAACUCUACUACCUGAGGGAGAAAAUGAAUGCACUUAAAAACCAAUAGCAAUCUUCAUUCUGAUUGAAAUUCUUUACAAUUCAUAAUUUUGUUAUACUUACCAUGUGCAUUAAUAUACUUGCGGCUGUUUUCUCAUGAAUUAGAUGUUUGUUUUAAUGUAGCUUUGUUCCACCCAACUUUAUGUAGUUGUGAUUUCAGUCUGCAGGGGAUGCCAUGUUUUGAAAAGGCAAUAUUUAGGAAAUUGUAAUAAGAUGCUUUUAUAUUUAAAUUUUCUCAAGGGCAUGUUUGAUCUUUA